GCUCGUGAAGCAGUCCACCAAUCAGGGAGAAGCAUAGUCAUUGUCACCCGGAUGUAAUCCACAAGUAUUUCCUUGUCAACAUAUGUGUUACAAACACAUUUCGGUCUUAUUCUGACGACGAAGCGGCGUUAUUAACAACUAUGCCGGGCCCGUACAAAGAAACGGACCUGACAGAGAGGGUGGAAGCUUUUCUGUCCGACCUGAAGCGUGGAGGUAGCGGGACGGGACCGCUGCGGGCCUCGGCAGAGACGGCUCGGGAAACGACAGCCCUGCUCCGGAAAAUUACAGCCCAGGCUCGAUGGAGCAGCGCAGGCGAUCUGAUGGAAAUAAUCCGGAAAGAGGGGAGGAGGAUGUCCGCCGCUCAGCCCUCAGAGACCACAGUUGGUAACAUGAUCAGAAGGGUGCUGAAAAUCAUCAGAGAGGAGUACGCCAGGUCUCGAGGCAGCAGCGAGGAGGCAGACCAGCAGGAGUCUCUACACAAGCUGCUGACAUCUGGAGGGCUCAGCGAGGAGAACUUCAGGCAGCCUUUUGCUCCUCUCAGAGCCAACGUGAUAGAGGCCAUCAAUGAGUUACUAACUGAGCUGGAAGGAACAACUGACAACAUUGCCAUGCAGGCCCUGGAGCACAUCCACUCUAAUGAGGUCAUCAUGACAGUCGGGCGCUCCCGCACUGUGGAGGCCUUCCUUAAGGACGCCGCGCGCAAACGGAAGUUCCAUGUCAUCGUGGCCGAGUGCGCUCCCUUCUGCCAGGGACACGAAAUGGCAACCACCCUGUCCAAAGCGGGCAUCGAAACCACCGUGAUUGCGGACGCUGCCAUUUUUGCCGUCAUGUCUCGGGUUAAUAAGGUCAUCAUCGGAACUCAGACAGUUCUCGCCAACGGGGGUUUAAGGGCGGUCAACGGGACUCACACCCUCGCCCUGGCAGCCAAACACCACUCAACACCUCUUAUCGUCUGCGCUCCCAUGUUCAAGCUCUCACCUCAGUUCCCAAAUGAGGAGGACACCUUCCAUAAGUUUGUUUCACCGCACGAGGUGCUUCCCUUCACUGAAGGAGAAAUCCUGUCGAAGGUGAACGUGCACUGUCCGGUGUUUGACUAUGUCCCCCCCGAGCUCAUCACUCUGUUUAUCUCUAACAUUGGAGGACACGCACCAUCGUAUAUUUAUCGACUUAUGAGUGAGCUUUACCACCCAGAGGACCAUGAGCUUUAGUCUGAGAAAUUAAUAAAUGGAUGAAAUGAA